CGUUUCGGCCCCGCCCCGCCCGCCGAUAUUUCUUCCCGGGGCCAGGCUACUUCCUUUCUCCGCUCGCGUGCGUCGUGGUGGCAGCAGGCGCGGCUUUGACAUGCAGAACGACGCCGGCGAGUUCGUGGACCUGUACGUGCCGCGGAAAUGCUCCGCCAGCAACCGCAUCAUCGGUGCCAAGGACCACGCGUCCAUCCAGAUGAACGUCGCUGAGGUCGACAAGGUUACAGGCAGGUUUAACGGCCAGUUCAAAACCUACGCCAUCUGCGGGGCCAUUCGCAGGAUGGGUGAGUCAGAUGAUUCCAUUCUCCGAUUGGCCAAGGCUGACGGCAUCGUUUCAAAGAAUUUCUGACUGGAGAGAAUCGGGGAUCUGGAAAAUGUGUCAUGAAUAAAUAGUGAAAACC